AUGGGCGCCACUAAGUCGAAACAGAAGAAACAGAAAUCCCAGGAAGAUACUCUAUCUGUGGAACACCAGCAAAAGAAAGCAAAGAUGUCUACCUGCAGAGAUCCCAAGUAUGACUAUCCCCGUUAUACACAUAAGGAAUACCUGCGCGAAAUUCGUGAGAUGAAAUACCUGAUCGAGGCAGGUAUGUUGGGCUGGCCCGGGCCAGGAAACAAAGAUGACAUGUUUCAUACGCUCACAUUCACCGUGGAUGUCCAAUCAUUUGUCAUUGAACACGCGAAAGUCAAGCCUGAGGAUGUGGACCAUCUCUCCGACACCCAGAAACAGACCAUCAUCAGCCAUCUCGCGGGAUACUGCGUGCAAGAGAAGUGGGAGGUCCUUAUGGGGCUCCUUCCAGAUCUGGUUCGAGAGAAAGUCCUCGAGGUAUUUCUCGAAACUCUGAUUUACAAAGACAUCUUUGAGAGGUUUUUCGUGAACUUUUUCUGGUACUUCGACGGGAAAAUGUCUCCGACAGACGAAGGAGAUGAAACGUUCACUGCACGUCUGAAGCAUCUGUAUGACCAAUUCUAUGCCACCAACCCACUUAUGGCGGCACUAUGGAGAUCCGAAACGAACCGCCUUGCAAACUCGACGGAUAUACGCAAGGCAUCGGACACACUACUUGGAACUUACCAUCUAGAUCGCCGCCAGUCAUUCAUCGGUCAAUUUGUGGAUAAUGCUCUCUCCAGUGAGCCUAUCCGGUGGCUACUUAAAGAGACAUCAAGCACGGAGGAGGCAGACCGUCGGCACAAGGACCUUUGCCGAAUUUACCAUAUGGCAAUGGAAAGCGCAGCAGAAUUGGGAAAUAUACGAGGCCACAUUGACUUGGAAAUGCUGGCGACGUUGCCUAGGACCUUCACCUCCGGUGAGAGGAUGCAGUCGCAUGAAUACAAUUUACUACAGGAGGAUAGCAACCUUCUAGAUGGUCAACGGAUCUUGAUGGUUGUUUACCCAGGGAUAGUUCGCAGAUACAUUUGUGCUCUUGAGAAGUAUGUCACUGAGUACAGCACCGCAGCAUACGUUGUGGUUGAGGAGCAAGCUCAGUAA